AGGCCUUCUCUCGCGUCUCGCCUGGACCAACAGCCAACACAGCCAACACAGCCAACAAAGCAGCAGGAGGCUGAACUGAAACGACCCCUAACUACGGACGGACACUGACACUGACUGGAGAGAGGCAGUAGAGCAUGAAAGUGCUCCACCGCAAUUAUCACCUCUUUAUGGCUUGAUGAUCUUUGAUGUUUGUUUGCCUACCAAUCUGACUUGUGUGUCCUAUUUUUACUUUUCUGUCUCACUUGUUGGUUCGCAAGCAAUUAUGAGACUUCUCAAUACCAAGACCCUACAGCUUGAGAGCUCUGAAGAGGGGUCUGAAAAGUACGCCAUCCUGUCUCAUACGUGGGGUACAGAUGAGGUUCUUUUCGGUGACAUACAGGAUCCCACGCGCAUGGAAGAGAUUCGCAAGAAGAAUGGUGCUGGUUACCGCAAGAUAGUGCAGUCCUGCGAAAAGGCUCUCAGCCGCGGGCUCGACUAUCUCUGGAUCGAUACUUGCUGCAUCGACAAGUCCAGUAGCGCUGAGCUCUCGGAAGCCAUCAAUUCUAUGUUUCGCUGGUACAACAAGGCGGACAUAUGCUACGUCUACCUCACAGAUGUCUUUUUACACGCCGUGGGCAUCGGAUUGACGUCUGGUCUGAAGCAGAGUCGUUGGUUCACGCGUGGAUGGACACUACAGGAGCUGCUUGCACCCGAUGAGGUGGAAUUCUUCGAUCACAAUUGGACGCCCCUCGGCGACAGACAUACUCUGGCUUCAACAAUCAAGGAGAUUACAGACAUUGAUGAAUCGUUUUUGGUCAGGCCCGAAGGGAAAAAGGAUCGCAAGAUAUCGGUCAAGCUCCAGCGUGAAAACGUGGCCACAAGGAUGAGUUGGAUGGCCCACAGGGAAACGACGCGAGUUGAAGAUAUAGCAUACUCUUUGCUUGGAAUUUUUGGGAUCAACAUGCUCAUAUUGUAUGGCGAGGGCUCCAGAGCGUUUCUGAGGUUGCAGGAAGAAGUUCUCAAAAAGUCGCAGGAUCAGUCCAUACUUGUCUGGAGAUGGCCCUUGUCUCGAAAGCCUGAGGAGAAUGCCCACCGAAUGCAUUUCCUCGCUGACAGCCCGGCCAACUUUAACCUCCGCACAUAUGCAGGACAAGAAGACUCGGGCUUGUUUGGUGUCAGGUUGACAGAUCAAGGGCUGGUCCUUCGCGUAUGGAAGUGUCCGUGCAAACUGACGCGUUGGAAUCAUGACAAGACGGAGCUCAAUGAAGCCAAUGAUCGAUGGUUAGCCGUCCUCGACUGCAGUCUGUCUCCGGAUACUCUUUCCAGACCAGCUAUAAUUCUCAGUGAGAGUCCUUAUGCUGAAGGUGCUUUUCGAAGAGACCCUACGAGCGUGAUCAUGGUGAUAGAACAUGAUCAGAAUAAGUCCGGGUAUUUGGAUACCGGUGGUGAUAGAAACGCAAUAUAUUCCAUUGAAUACAAGCCUGAAUUCAAGACGGAGACAAUUCUGCUGGAGUCGGAUUCUAUCGAGCCAGAUGCUCGUCUGCGAGGAAGCUUUCCUUUCAAGGUCAACAUGACUCUCAAAGACCGUGAGCUUAAGCAGCGUGCGGCUUAUACCGGAUCUCAGCGAUACAUCGUGGCGGGGAAGCUCGCCCACAAACCAACGCAAAACCCCAUAUAUGGAGUGCUAUUCCUUGGGGCUGAUGAUGCAGACACCGAGCUCGUCGUAUGGUGGGGUCUAAUAGAGGAGGGCACAGCCAUGUACGACGUACACAAUCGCCACAAUGGCCCUCGAGUCUGGAGUAACAGUGUUCCAGUGUGUUUUGCCCAGUCGUGGAAAAACCUCACGGGUUCAGAGACCUGGGAUGCCAAGCUCGCGGAGUCGUUGGCUGUGGAUAUGCUCUGUGAGGAAUUUCCCCUUCCGUGGAAGGGAACAGAGAGACCUUCGGUGGUAGAGGUGGAAGACGGCUUGAAUCUGCAGAACGCCCUCAACGAACAGAAGCCAAUGGCGACAGAAACGGUGAUUGAGCUAUUCACUCAGUGUGCCCAGCCAGUAAUUGAGUGCAUCGGCUGGGGCAUGAGGCUCAAGGCGUCAAUGAGAAAGAUGGAAUUUCUCGGACGGCUGUGCUGUGAGUUGGCUAUCGAAGAGAAGAACCCCAAUGUCGAGAACGAUGCUGGAAACUAUGCAUAGACAUAGGAGCUGGGGUAACUGCUGGAUCAUAUGGUGGCUGUAGCUAUAGGCUGACAUAGCUUUGUAUGAGCAUGAGAUGAUUGUAUAUCAGAAGAAAAGGAUGGCGGUAGUUAUUAGUGAAGAUAGACUACAGUUCAUAUGCAUAAUGGUUAUAUAAGCUCCAGAAACCGCUGUAACCUAAACUUUGAGGAGAAUAACACACUAUGAGCUGAG